AUCCAGAAUUGGUCCAAUUCUAAGUUUUCCUGGCGUGAAUUGAGAAAAAACUCGCCAAUUUUAAGUAUUCCUGACGUGAAUUAAGAUUUUUCUAUAUAUUUUAAGAUCGAAUUUUCCUUAAAACCACAGUGAAAGGGUAUCGCAUUGGUGAGACUGGCACACUGCAAAGGGUUCAGAGAGGGUACACUAGCAUACCAAAACCCGCGCGGAGGGAAACUUUCUCUAAUUAUAAAUACAGAUUAGGUUCUACACGUAGCAUAUAUUUCAAGUUCGACCACUAUUCCCGCCUUUACUAACUGCAGCCGCUGACUCAAACCCUGAAGGGAGGUCUAAAAGCUUUCACUUCCCGGGAAUUGCCUAACACAUCCAAAUGGCUUGGCGUGAUGGCUUUGAAGAAACUCGCGUUCUCAUUGCACCCGUACCUGGUCCUUCUACUACAAUUGAAAAUGGUAAAGGAACUUUGUUGUCUCUUCGCCAUCCAAAGUCAGGAAACCCAGCUUGUUAUUUCUUCGUCAACAACUCCCUCCAAGAAUUUCAUUGGUUCAAGCAAUCCUAUGGCUCCUGGUUCCUAGGGGAUUCUGUUUGUGAAGAUGGCGGCCUGCAUUGUGCCACACCAGUUGACCCUGUUUUUAUACUGUUGCCCAUUUUUGAGGAUGCUCGAAUGAAGAAAGGGCAUGACCAGGGGAAGUUCAGGCAGUUAGAUGAAAUAAUGUUUGUUAGUGGUUAUCCUGGAUAUCAACAUCUAUUAUCCAUUACAGAAGAUUCCAUGAAAGUAGUUUGUGAAAUAAAAGAAAUGGGAUCCUUAAAAUUCUAUAGGCUUGAUGACUCCAAGGUUUUAUCUUGGUUGUGCCAUAAGGUGCACCAGUUAAAAACGAUACUACCCACACUAGACAAAAACUAUGCUGUUCAGAAUGAGCAGGAUACAUUAAAAGAUGCGGUCUCUUUGAUAGGGGAGUAUUUGAAGGAUGAGCCUUGGUUGAAGCUCUUGUGUGGUAAACUAAGGAUAGAUCUACAAGAGGCAACUAGAAAAGUAACAGCUCAUGAUAUCCUUCCUACUGCUACAGAGAGUAGCCCAGGGUCAUCUCAUUCCUUGCCGAGUGGGAGUGACAAGAAAACGUCAAACAGUGCAAAACAAGCUAAGAAGAUGAAAACAGAGACGGGCUCACAUAACAUCCAAGACAUGUUUCGCAGGUCUUCAAGAAAGAAGAGUUGAAUGAAAUCAAUAACGUUAGUCUUGGUACGCAAGGACAUAAAGCAUAGCCCCUACAAGCCUCCAUGCCAUCUGAUAGGGAACUGAAUCAUUAGUAGCCUGUUUGUGAUUUUCUCAGGGUAAUCUAUUAUUGUUGUGAGAAUUAUGACAUGAAACUUCUGUAGGGUUGUUCUUGAUGAGCCAAACGAAGUUGUAUCAUUGCAAUUUCAUUGUAUUUUUCAAUUCAGUUUCUAAUCAUCUUUACAUGUUUCUUUCAAUAA